AUGUUCUGCAACGACUUCUCUGGUUCUGUCUUCCCAGGAUGUUACUGGGGCAGCUACGGCUAUCCCCUGGGAUACAGCGUGGGCUGUGGCUUCGGCAGCACCUACUCUCCAGCGGGCUAUGGCUUAGGCUAUGGCUAUAAUGGCUGUGGGGCUUUCAGCUACAGAAGAUACUGGCCCUACGAUCUCUACUAAUCUGCUGAAAUUCCCGAGGCAGAACCUCCUCUCUCCCGAAGGCAGAGUGGCACAUCUCCACGUUCCUCCUUUACCUACUACUUUCGUCCUCAUUUGGUCAUCCUCCUCCAAGUGACUGCUUUGCAGACCUAGCACCAGAGUCCUAAAGGAAGAAGCUGAAAAACCACAGGAUACCUCGAGCUGCCUUCUUUCCACGGACAGUGUGGGUUGGGACACUUCCAGAAGCUUGACAGCAACUGGACGUGUAUUACCUUUGAAUUCUUCAUGACAC